AUGUCAAACCGCACCCAUCAGCCAUGGGAAGAGAAGCGCCAACAGACCGAGAGGUUAGUCAAUCGCUGUAUCGAGACACAGGCCAAGGGGCCCGACAUCUCCGGCGCAGUCCCUGAGCCCUCAGGAGAGACGCUUGACCAAACUAGGCCAAAGGCGGAGAUGGCUUACACUUUCGAAGCGCGGAGGCAAUUCCAACAGGUGAUGGCCAAGCAGCAGAGAGCCUCAGAUGAGCGAAAGUUCUUUGCUGCAGAGAAGGGUUUGGGAGUGCCAAGCUGUCGGGUAGGUCCAACCUCCCUUAGUGCCCCGAAUGGAUUGCGAGGCCAUUUCCAUAACAGUGUGGGUGUGAAGUCGGCUUAUGGAAGCCACCGUUGGCCCCAAAGUUUGGACGUCAGAUGGGAUGGCUCCCAUAUUGACCAAACCAGAGCCGAGGAAAUGAGACCGAAUCCAAAGAUCUCCAAAAUGGACAAAGCGACUCGCGCUCGCCAGUUCAGUUGCUUCUUUGGCUCUCAUGAUGCCUUUACCGCAAAGCGCGAUAAGGCAGCACAAGAGUAUGCAGAUUCCGGCCCAUACAAAGACCCUGGCAAUCCCGAGUUCCGGGAAGACAUCCCGCAGCGUCACGGCAAGUUUGGGCGCCGUGCCUUCAAUGCGCAGGUGGGCUUCCGCCAUUAUGAGAACCCUCACGGCAUCAGUGAGAUUGAUAACAAGCCACAAGAGGAUUUCCGACGAGAGCAGGAGCGAGUAGAGGAGUUCCUCGACCGAUCGCUUCCGCCUCGCCAGACUCGGCAUUUCAAGCAGCACAUGCCCAGAGCUGAUGCGCCACAGAAGUAUGAGGACAUGAGCUCCCGAAAAAGGAUCAACACUUGCAUUGACGGUAACCUGAAGACAAGUGCAUUGGGCUAUGGCCAGAUGAGGUUUUCUGAUGACAAGGAUUUCCAGCUUUAUGCGCGGCCGCUGAACACAAGUCAAAUGGAUCGGGCUGUUCCCAUGUCAUGA